AUGUCAAGUGAAGAGGAAAAAAUGAAAUAGUUGUAAGCCCUUCCAAUUAGAAAUUACUUGGAUUAAACUGUAGUGCCCCUCCUAUUGUAGGCAAUGACUGAAGUAGCAAAAGUGAGGUUAGAUUUUUUCUAUUUAUUAAGACCUCAAAAUCCAAUUGAAUUCAUUGCUAACUUUUUGCUGUAGAAUAACCCAGAGAAAGCAUAAGCUAGAUAAUAAUGA